GAAGCUUGUCGCGGGACUGGGAGCAGGACUGGGAGCGGCGGUAUUGUUGGAUGCUUGCUCCUACUUUCCGUAUGGAGCUGGGACCGCCUAUCAGUUGGCCAGCCCAGGAUACUCACAGCGAGACCAUGGCCUCAUUACCGGCACAACCUUGAUCGGGAGCCGACUUGGGCAUAUCUUUGGGACAAUGUCUCGGAGAUGACGAGCGACCCAAAGAUCAUGUACAGGCACUACACUGAGGAGUUGGAUACUCUUACCGCUGAGCAGGUGGAUUGGGAGCCAUAUGGUACGUACUACCGUAUUGGCGCGGGGAUGGCUGACCUCAACCCCAAGUGCCUUGAGGAGGCGCGUUUCUGGCGUAUGCGCUGCCCACUCAUAUGCAUGUGGCUUGUUGAGUACCACCAGCCGCAUAGAGUGAUGAGGCAGUUUGGGCUGUAUCAGGAGUGCCCACCUCAGUGGCAAGACACGGACCACGCGCUUCAUAGGCUUGAUAGGAAGCAGCAGAGGAAGAUCACAGAUUGGCCUGUCCAUCAUAGAGGCCACGUCACAGCGUUCCAACACUGUUUGGAAGCGGUACGGAAUGCUGGCGAUGUGGAGAUUGUCCCCCACGACUUGGCAGCUUUCAACAACUAUCUCCAAUGGUUUCAUGAAAGCACGCGUAUCGAGCUAGUGAAACCCGCGUAUGAUGACGACAUCUUGUACGACCCCAUCGAGUUCAAUGAGCUUGCGCAAAGCCAGCACGACACCUUUGCUCGCAGAGGAAGAUCGACUUCUAUUGCUUCCGAGCUGAACUUCGUGCGAUCCGAGAUCCAAAAAACAGCUGAGGAGUGCGAGAAUGUUUGGGAUCAGAGCCAUACAGAUGACAAGCCUAUCGGACCGAUGCGGCAUUUCAUUAAGAACACGGCACGAAAGAUGCGGCGGUUAGCCAACUUGCUAGGUUGCCGCGACACCGAAAUUGCGGCUACAUCCUCUUCUGAAGAAGCGGAGAUUCCUGCGGACGACACCAUCCUGAGUCAAGGCAAGAACAAAGCCAAACGGUCUGCUUAAAAGUUGAAGCCACGGGGCAACGCUCCUAAACGAUACACUCCGGACGAUUAUGUCAACCGAGGAAAGAAGGUUGUCAUUGAGGAGGAUGAGACGCCGCCGCGGAGAUCAACUUUGAGAAAGAUGAGGAACGACGAGCCGUUAUCUUCAGAGGAGGAGGAGGAGGAGGAGCAGGGGCAUCAGGAGCAGCAGGAGCAGGAGCAACAGCCACGGCAGCGGACGAAAAGGUUGGCCGUCCGGAAGCAGCCCUCAAGGAGGGGACGUCGCGGAGGAUAGAUGCAUUUGCUAGUGUUGUGAACUCUAUCUUCUUAAAUAUCGUGUUGUGAAUCCUAUGUCAUUUCGAACCAUGUCUCUAUUGCUACGUGUUGUUUGAAUCUAUGUGCUAAGAUGUGAUCUAUGAUGUGUGCUA